AUGGGCUACGACACCAAGUUCAUGGGCCGCUUUGCCCUUUCCAGACCCCUGACCGCCAAGGAGAGCGCAAUCUUGGAAGCAGUGCACGACCAUCGCCACCAGGACGACCUGGAGCUACCUUAUCCCGCUGUCGAAGAGCAGCCGGUCACAAUCGAGCGGGAUGUAAUCAAGCCCCUGUACGUCGGCGAGGGGUUCGACUACCUCUCGGAGAAGUUUCCCUCCUUCUACUGCCAGUGGACGCUCUCACCCAACAAGCGCGCUCUCAUGUGGGACAAGGGGGAGAAGUUCUACAACUACGUGAGCUGGUUAGAGUACCUCAUCUCGCACUGUUUUGCCGUUUGGGGCGUGGAGCUAUCCGGGACCGUCAAGUGGAAGGGGGCUGCAAGGACAAGAGCCAUCUAUGACAAGUAUGGAGAAAGGGGCCUGAAAAGCGGGGUGCCGGAGAGCGAUGCAGAGUUGCAAGGCCCGCCCUAUUCUUGGUCCGACUCCCGCGCGGACCAGAUCUUCUCCACCUUCUUCGGGACCAGCAAUCCGUUCCAGGCUCUCACCGAUUUGGGCCACAAGUUUUCCAAGCUGGCGGUUGCGGCUGGGCCGCGACCCAGCAGCGCGGAACAGGCGCGGCCGCUCGAGUGCACGCUCGAGGAGAUCUUUGCCGGGUGCAAGAAGACGGUCCGGCACAGGAGAGAGAUCAGGAAAGCUGACGGCAGCGUCGAGGAGCGGUUCGUCAAUCUGACGAUUAUCGUCAAACCCGGCACAAAAAGUGGGACCAAGUUCGCCUUCCCCAAGCAAGGCGACGAAGUACCGGACGCUGAACCAGCCACUGCAGUUUACGUCCUGACGGAGGCGAAGCACCCCACGCUUCGGCGCGACGGUCACGACUUGGUCUACAAGGCCCUCAUCCCCCUCAUGCAAGCGCUCAGCGGCACGACCGUCGACGUGAAAACCUUGGACGGAAGGACGCUCAAAUGCCACGUACCAGAGGUUAUCAAGCCCGGCCACUGCAAACGCAUAAAGAAGGAGGGCAUGCCGAUCCCAGACAUCGACAGCGAGGCCACGGUCGGGGACUUGCGGGUGGAGUUCAGCAUUCUGUUCCCGCAGCACUUGUCAGACACGCAGAAGAAGCUCAUAAAGUCGGGGCUGUACUAUCCGUCCAAACCGUCCGCAGAGCAGCAGGCGGCAGUCCGGACAUACCUGGCCGCGUUCACGCACGACGCGCAUGGCUGGUCCACCAGCUUCAGCUGA